UAACUGGUUCUGCGUUUUUCUGAUUUAGUGUUUGAAUGAAUAUUAUAGCAAUAUUUAUAUAUAGAAGGUACCUUGGUGUAACUUCAUAGCCAAUGGGUAAAUUGUUACACACUUUGCCGGCUAAACAUGAUUUAACCGUAAUUCAUAUUUUUACUUUAUAAUAGUAAUAGAAUAACACGUACAGAAAUAUCUUUAUCAUCUUGUAAUAGCAUGAGAUAACGUAAUAAAUUUUAUAAUUUUUAAUAAACACUGCUUAGUGCUUUAUCAUUAUAGAUAAGAGCAACCUUGGUGAGCCUUGUUUAUCGUAUUAUGCGAAACAUCGGACUUUAACAAUUAAUUUCUCCUCAGACUAAUAAAAUACGUUAAUGAUAUUGUGAAAUCGCAUGAAUUUAGUAAAAACUGCGCUCAGUCACGAAAACUAUAAUAUCUUAGUGCUGUCUCUGUGUAUUCCUGAACGGAACGCGGCCGUGUCACUCCGUCGCGCUGUCAAAAUAUAAAAAAAAACAUGAUUGAAGAAGCGAAGAAAAAAACUUUUUUGGGAUUUGAUUUCAGCACACAAAGAUUAAAAGCCUUAGUAAUUGGUGAAGAUUACAAUGUGCUUCAUGAAGCUGAUGUGGAGUUUGAUGUGGACUUGCCGGAGUUCAGGACGGCGGGAGGUGUUGUGCGUGGCGAGCGAGGUGAGGUGACGGCACCUCCACUGCUAUGGGUCAAGGCCCUGGACAUGGUGAUGGAUCGGCUGGUGGUGGCCGGAGUGGACUUUUCUACAGUAGAGGCUCUGUCAGGUGCUGCACAGGUAAGAAUCCAAUAACCAUAUAAUUUAUUA